AUUCAUUUCACAGAUCAAAUUCAAACACAAAACACAUCAUAGAAAAAAGCCUCAAUGGCACAACAAGAAACGUUUCUGUUCCUCAUUUUUCUUCUUGUUUUUGCCACUUUGUUCAGCCAACACCCCCUUAUUCUUCUUCUGGCACUACCCGAAGAAACGCCACAGCCCGAAAAACCAACAUCCCACAUCACAAUUCAAGGCUCUGUGUUCUGUGAUCCAUGCCAUAACCACACAUUUUCGCGGCACAGCUUCUUCUUGCCCGGCGUAGGAAUCCACAUUCGAUGCAAACUGAGGGCGAAUUCGCCCGGAACCAACGAAGACAUCGAGUUCAUAGUCAACAGGACUACAAACAGAUACGGAAUUUACAGGCUGGAUAUACAAAAUGUGGAAGGAAUUGACUGCAUUAAUCAGCCUAAAGACAUUCAACUGUCCUGUGAAGCAAGCUUGAAGAGAGAAAAUUCAUCACUUUCAUCAUCAUCAUCGAAAUCAUCGCUUCUGAAAUGCAACAUUCCAGGGCUAACCAACUCAACCAACAAGAUGUACCUCAGAUCGAAACGAAACAACCAAUGCAUAUACAGCAUGAGUCCAUUGAGUUACAAACCGGUAGCAAGGAAUGCAACCAUAUGUGACCAUCCAGGAAUUGACUUCAACUCAUCCAAGACCUUCUUCCCAUUUUUCCCACCAUAUUACACCUUUCCAUGGCCGCAAUUGCCACCGUUGCCGCCGUUACCAUCGCUUCCCCCGUUGCCUUCAUUGCCACCAUUACCUCCUCUGACAUCAUGGCCUUGGCCUUUUCCUCUCCCUCCAUCUCCUCCCUCAUUCAAUUUCCCUCCCUUACCAAACUUGGUGCCUCCCACCCCCCCUGCAUCAUUCAACAAUCCAGGAGAUCCUCGAAAUUGGAUACCCCAUUUUCCUCCAUCCCCUCCUACGGAUUCUCAAGAAGAACACCCAUGAAAAACACAGAUAUUCAAGCCUCAACUUAAUUAGGCCAAUGUCGACGUUUUACAUACAAUAAAGGUUGAUUUCAAGGGAUGGACAUCAGGAGUUCAGGACGUGUUGUAUACUUCUGUAUCAGUUUCUAUUACAACAAAGUAUUAGUACUAUUAGAUUCUAAGUGUGUACGUUGCACGACGUGUGUAUCUCGCGACAAUCGUUUUGUUCCUAAUUUAUUCACAGUUGUAAAUGUAUCUUAUAUGAUUAUACAUUAUCGUGAAAUAUGUUUUUGUUGGUGAACAAAAUUCC